GCGGAUCAUACGUUACGAGGAAGAAUGAUUUGAUGAAUAUCCAUACUGCUUUUGACUCAUUGCCAGCCGGUAAUCCCAUGAAGUCUGAUUUCGCCGUCGUUCGCUGCAAGGAUGGAAAGCAAACAUGGGACGGUAUACUGAUGAGUGUUGUACGGCGGAAUGAUCAGGAGUUACUCAAACAUGACUCGAUGAAAAGUCCAGAUGGCUCUGGAUUGAAUGUGUAUUUCUUGGGAUUUGAUUCGCUUAGUCAAAUGUCUUUCCGACGAAAAUUGCCAAAAUCUGUCAAAGUUCUCGAGGAAGUGCUCGACGCGGUGGUUUUGAACGGGUACAAUAUUGUUGGUGAUGGCACACCUCAAGCAUUUAUUCCAAUUCUUACCGCAUCGACUGAAGAAGAACUUCCCCUAACAAGAAAGCGAUUCAAAAAUGCCAAUUAUGUGGAUGACGUUUAUCCAUUUAUCUGGUCGAAUUUCUCCUCUGCUGGCUAUGUGACACUGUAUGGAGAAGAUGCAUUUGGUAUAGGAACUUUCACUUAUCGGUUGAAAGGUUUCCGUAAUCAACCAACUGAUCACUACCUGCGGACAAUUUUCGAGGAUUACGAGAAGAAAGGAGGAAACUGUCUUGGUUCGGAGCCUCUUCACAAGACAUGGUUCCGUUAUUCGCGAGAAUUUAUGCAAGUUUACAAAGAUAUGCCACGUUUUCUUCUAAUGCAUCAAUAUCGACUUUCGCAUGAUGAUAUAAACUUGGUGGAAGUGGAAGAUGAAGAUCUUGCAUCCACAUUGUUGGAAAUGCACAGGAGUGGUGAGUUCUUUCAUUACAAUGCAGUUCGAUUAGUAUGUUAA